ACAAAGCGUCGUCUCCGUCUAUAAAAAAACCCUCAACCACCUUGGCUUCCCAGAAAGACCUUUCUUUCUGCGUAUUCGCUCAUAUCUUCUCUCAUUUGUUUCGCUUCCCAAAAUCUCUUUGUAACAGUCGUAAAGCUUGGGUAGUUCAUUGUUACGUGAUCGACUCGUACGGCCUGCUAUAGCUGCCUCGGUUGUUACAAGAGAUAGAUAGAUUAGUUAAAGAAUCAUGGGUUUUCUUCACAAGCUUUGGGAUGAAACGCUCGCCGGCCCCGCACCGGAGUCCGGCCUCGGCAAGCUCCGUAAGUUCGACACCUUCUCCAACCCGCCCUCGGCCCCUAUGGUUGCUGCCGAUGAGGCGCCAGUUGUCACUCGGAGCAUUACUAUUCUUAGGACUCAUUCUUCCAACCUUGGAAACUUUCCGGUGGAUUCUGGCUCCCCCUCCGAGUCUCCCACCACGCCGGGAACGCCGGUCUCACCGGGAACAGCAACAAGAAACUUCAGGAAACUAACAAGGAGAAAAUCGUCCACUGAUGCAUUGCAACGCGCCGAACCUAGAAGUCCGACUGGUUAUGAUUGGUUGUUUGCUUUUUUAGUGUCUAGAAGGAUAAUACAUAUCAUAUAAUUCAUAUUACAAAUUAGAAUUCUCUAAUUUGGUUGAGCUAUUGAUAUAGAUCUAGGGUUUAGAUAAUUAAUUAUCAUUAGAGUAAAAGCUGACCAAGUCAAUACCCGUAUAUAAUAAGCAUGCAUGAUAAUCUUUUGAAAAUGACAUUGAUUUUCUAAUUUAUACAGACUUAUAUGUCUGCUCUUUUAUCAUUAUCAUCGAGGUAACGAGUCAAGAAAGUUUAACAUAUGAGACUGUUCGAUAAAAUAAAAAUGUCCGUAGGAUGCCUCUCAAGUAGGAUAAUUCAAUAGGAGUACUAAAUAAAAACCAGUAUCAAUAUUGUUUGACAAAUAUGGUUCAAUGUGUAUUGCAGGAUGGUGAUUACUGCAUUGGAUCGUUGAGAGAGAUUGAGGAAGGAAUGAUGACGUCGACGGUGUUUUGCUUCUAAGUAUCGGCCGGCAAGUACUACUCCAGACUAUUGUACAUAGAGAACCUUUGUGGGAACUGAUGCAUAUGUAUAUUAUUGUAAAUAAUAUAUAGAGAGAUCGAUCUAGUUUGUGUAUCUAUAACAAUAAGGUGGUUCGGACGAGGAACAAUACGUCCUGGAACCAAUGCAUGAUGCUAGCUAGCUUCUUGGAGAUGAAGAGGGAGGAAGUAGGAGAUGGUAGCCUUCUUUUUCACUUCUAUCUGUUGUCUUCCAAGCUUUUCUUUUGUAUUUUGGUGGCGUUGAUCUCUUGUACAUAUGGAUGUGUUUUGUGUGUGUUUGAACAUGAACAUGCCCCCUGCCCCCUCUCUUUCUUCAAUGAAACUCCUUGAGCUUUUAUAUCAUUUGAACUAAUUAAUCGUCAUCUUGAUGUAUUCAGAAGUUGCUGCAUUUCUGUAAAACAGAAGUUGAUUAACAAAUGGGCAUAUGAUGCAUAUGAAUGACAUUUAGAGAAAGGGAAAAUAAUAUAUAUGAUCUCACGAGUUGGAGUUGGGACAUAACCGAAAGGGAAAAUAAUGAGAAAACAAAACUUGAAGCAGAAGAUAUUUAGAGGCCAUUCAAUAAAGUUCAAGCUUAGUUCACUUUCUCAAUCAGACAAACAUCAUCUUGAACUGUUGCAAUAUAUAUUUUCAGCACCUCCUUCUGUAAUGGACACACCAAAUUUCUCCUCCAAAGCCUUCCAUCAUAUAUAAUUUCAACCAGCACCAGCUGCUUCAUUUCAAGCAUUGUUGGAUCAGAUAAUUAUGCAUAUUGAGUGAAGUAGUCC